AAGAUCUCACAAUAAGGUUUUUGGUUAUUUAAGCUGACAUCAUUUUACGCGGGAGAUGGAGUCUCUUCGGGUUUUUGCUCUUUUGACCAUUGUUGUCCAAAGUAUCAAUGGAUUCGACCGUGGUAGUCAAUACCUUAAAUUGAUGCAGCUGUAUUCUGUGAACAGGCAAACGAAUCAGCUGUACACCCUUUUUGCUAAAGAUUGUCCAGAGUUUCUUUCUACACCGGACAUCGCUGGAGUUGUUAAGGACAUAUUUGGCAAGCGAGACGCCGCGGCGGUGAUAGGGUCGGAACUUGAUAUAAAGUUAGCGCUCGCAAAAGAACAUUUCGGCCACUUACUUCAGCAAUACAAGGAAUGUGCAAGUAAAAAGGGUCACAUGAGCGGAAUAGACGCAUGUUCAGUUAACCUCUGUCAAAACAACGGCGUGUGUGAGAAUGUGCUUGGAUUCCCCCAGUGUUUGUGUUCACAGGGAUUCUCCGGUGACAAAUGCCAGUACGAUAUCGACGACUGUGCCAGUAACCCCUGUAAGAACGGUGGAACGUGUGAUGACAGAGUUAAUGGGUUCCAGUGCACAUGUCUCGCGGGAUAUACUGGAACCACGUGUGAAACAAAUAUCGAUGAGUGUACGAACAUCCCCUGUAAGAACAAUGGAACAUGUGUGGACAGAGUUAAUGGGUUCCAGUGCACGUGUCUCGCGGGCUUUACUGGAACCACGUGUGAAACAGAUAUGGAUGAGUGUACAAACAACCCCUGUAAGAACAAUGGAACAUGUGUGGACAGAGUUAAUGGGUUCCAGUGCACGUGUCUCGUGGACUUUACUGGAACCACGUGUGAAACAACCAAUUAUGCAUUCGAAGUGAUUGACACAAAGAACGUCACGUACAGUGGACUGCGGUUCUUGGCUGUCAAGGUCCGCGUACCGGCAAAUGGUAAAAGUGCAUCGUCCGAUUGGUGUUACGACUAUCGAAAUAUGUGUCAGUCAUUUGGACGAAGACCAACUGGCUGCGGGGGAAGAUGGAUUAGUGAUUCUAGAUACAGCAGGUGUCGUGACGUCUACUCAUCCUACAUGCCGUCCAAUAAUCAGUUGGAUUGCAAUCCUAGUUCAGGAGCACGUGCCUUAGCCAUGGCUGCGUUCAAUGUCACUCCGCCCAUCUACACGUGCUUUGCUUUUCAUCGCUGCGAGUCAUCUGGGGACUGCUCCUCGACCUUUGCUUCUUCAGGCGACGGGCUUACUUACGUCAGCAACAUCAUGAGCAAAAACGAUCGCGUGGGCUACACCGUGUGCUAUUAAUAGCACGUCGGAAAUAUUACCUCUGGCCGGUUUCUUUUAAUUUAAGGGAUAACUCUUCGUAUGAGAUCUAUAUUUCACAAUAAAAACAUUGUGAACA